AUGAGGAAACCUUGCUGUGACAAGGAAGGCACCAAUAAAGGAGCAUGGACGAAACAAGAAGACCAGAAGCUCAUCGAUUACAUCCGAGCUCACGGUGAAGGCUGUUGGCGCACCCUCCCCAAGGCUGCAGGAUUGCAUCGUUGUGGCAAAAGUUGCAGGCUGAGAUGGAUAAAUUACUUAAGGCCAGACAUCAAGCGAGGCAACUUUUCUGAGGAUGAAGAGGACCUCAUCAUUAAGCUUCACGCCCUUCUUGGCAACCGGUGGGCUCUAAUAGCCGGGAGGCUACCAGGAAGAACAGACAAUGAGGUGAAGAACUAUUGGAAUUCUCAUCUAAGGAGAAAGCUGAUAAGUGUUGGUAUCGAUCCAAACAAUCAUCGGAUGAACCAAAGCCUUCCUCGUCCACAAAACCGGUGCCUUUCUAGUCCUAGCACAUCAUCUGAAUCAUUGUCUGCUCCAUCUAAGCCAUCAAAAACUGUUGGUGAAGAUGACCAAUUAUCGGAUGCUGCGACAUGCGUAGAAAACGAAGCAUUAGGUUUGCAUGGCUUGAACUUGGAUCUAACCAUGGCAGUUCCUUCUUCUUCCUCUUCGAUUGAGAAAAAGAAGCAACAAAGUGCUGAGUUGAAGACGAGGGAAGUAGUUGAAAAUGAUGGAGUUCCUACCCUUCUUCUAUUUAGAUGA